AUGAGCGGCCCGAUCCCCACAGCAGUCCCACCACCGCCCGCGCCGGGGUUCCAGGCCAAGGGCGGGCGGAGCAAGUACGCGUCCAACCUCAAGAAAUACGGCACGCCGCUGCCGAUCCUGCUCCCAACGUCGCCGCUGCACCCUGCGUCCAAGGCCUCCUCGUCGUCGUCGUCGGCCGCGGCCCCCUCGCUGCUGUCUUCCUUCUCGUCAUCAACCAGUGCUGGCGCGUCGCGCGCGAUUGAAGUCCCAACCUGCAUCGGCGUCCUCGACCCCGCGAGCCAGUCGGUCUGGGUCACCAACCCGCGCGACAUGGCGACCCUCUUCAACCGCGGCUUCUUUGGCAAGGGCUCCCUCUCGCGCUCAGAGCCGAGCUGGCGCCAGCGCCGCGUCGAUAUCCUGCGCGGAGGCAACACGCUCGCCGCCGAGCAGGUGCGCGACCAGCGCCGCCGCGAGCGCAAGCAGUUCAAGAUUGACCGCGCGGCGGCGAUGCUCGAGGCGGCCAAGAAGGCCGAGGCGGUGCUGACAACCGGCGCGCUGCCUGCGACAGAGGCGGCUGACGGCGCAGCGGGUGACGCCGAGGCGAAGGAAGGUGGUGACGUCGACGCCGACGUCGCCGCACCCCCGUCGCCGACCGGCUCGACCCUCUCCCUCGCGACGACAGACUACUCGGCCGCGCUGCCGCCCGGCACGACAACGCUCAAUGCCCAGACCUUCCUCGUGCGCCCGGCGCGGCCCGACGCGAACCGUAACCGCGGCAACAAGCGGGGGUUCAAGCGGCGUCCCCCGCCGGCGCCGGGGUCGGCACCACCGGCCCCCCGGCCACCGCCCCCGCCCCCCGCCGAGUCGAGCGACUCUGAGCCGUCAGACGACGAGGCCGCGCUCGCUGUUGAAGAGUUUGAGCACCUUCAGCUCAGCUUUGAGGAGGCGUGGUUCUUGGCCUCUGCGCUGGGCGUGCUCAAGAUCCUCGACCCUGCUACGGACACCUACAUUCCCCCCACCGCCGUCCUCCCCCUCCUCCUCUCGCCGCCUAACCCGGCACUCUCCCUCGCGCCCCCCGCAGCGCUGUACCCCGACGACCCGCUGCUCGUCUCGUACGCCUGCUACCACCACUACCGCUCCCUCGGGUGGGUGGUCCGCUCGGGCAUCAAGUUCUGCGUCGACUGGCUGCUGUACCGCCGCGGACCCGUCUUCUCCCACUCGGCCUUCUCACUCCUCAUGGUCCCCGUGUACAUGGACGACGGGGACCGCGCCGCCAGCCCAUACGCUGAGACUGAUUGGUACACUGAGCGCAUGAGCUGGAAGUGGAUGAACACGAUCAUGCGUGUCAACUCUUUGGUCAUGAAGACCGUGAUCAUCACCUACAUCACCAUCCCGUCCAUUGCGUCGUUCCCCGCGAGGAUGCGCUUGCCGUCGGGCGGCCUCGACCCCCGCAAGCUUGACAUGAAGACGUUGAUGGGCAUGUACAGUGUGCGCGAGGUGUCUCUGACCCGCUUCGGACCAGCACGAAGGCGCGACUAG